AUGAUUGGAUCAUUCUUAACGGUUCUAAUAUGCUGUUCAUCGAUAGUUGCAUGCUAUAUAUGCAAAUUACUGCGUGAUGGAAUACGUCAACCAAUUUGUACAACUUCUGAAAUAGUUUUCAAUAAUUAUUAUAAUUCACAGUGUCAAAUGUCACUUCUUCAACAAAUUUAUCAUUAA